AUGGUUGUGUUCGUCUCCGCAGCUAAAUCCUUGAAAAAUUCAAAGCUUCAGCCUACUGCCCAGCUACUCUUCAGAUUCAAGACCAUUCGAACCCUUUUGCUCCAGUCGGCUUCUGAGUCCGUUAAGUUACAGAAACUCACCGAUUCGGAUUCCGGAAUCUUGGAGGUCAAUCUGGAAAGGCCUGGAACCAAAAAUGCUAUUGGAAAGGAUAUGCUACGGGGACUGCAGUAUACAUUUGAAGCUGUUAAUAAUGACCAUACAGCAAGAGUCAUGAUGAUCUGCAGUUCAGUUCCUAAAGUGUUCUGUGCAGGUGCUGAUUUGAAGGAAAGAAGGACGAUGACCCCAUCUGAAGUUCAGGAUUUUGUGCAUUCUUUACGCUCCACAUUCACGUAUCUUGAGACACUCCAUAUUCCUACAAUAGCCGUUAUCGAAGGUGCUGCACUGGGGGGUGGGCUCGAAAUGGCAUUAUCUUGUGAUCUUCGGAUUUGUGGCGAAGAUGCAGUGCUAGGAUUACCUGAAACAGGACUUGCUAUUAUUCCUGGGGCUGGGGGAACACAAAGGCUUCCUAGAUUAGUUGGAAAGUCGAUGGCAAAAGAACUUAUUUUUACUGGUCGAAAAAUUGGUGGCAGAGAUGCAUUGUCCAUGGGACUUGUCAAUCACUGUGUCCCUGCUGGUGAGGCUCGGUCGAUAGCUCUUGAAAUUGCUCGUGAUAUAAAUCAGAAGGGACCAUUGGCAAUACGUAUGGCUAAACAAGCUAUCGAUGGAGGAUUGGAGGUUGAUUUGUCGACAGGUUUGGCUCUAGAGGAAGAUUGCUAUGAGCAGCUCUUGCACACAAAAGAUCGCCUGGAAGGUCUCGCUGCAUUUGCCGAGAGACGGAAGCCUAAUUACACGGGCCAAUAA